AAAAUUGCAAUAUGACACGCUCUCUCUCUCUCUCUCUCUCAGUAGUGGGAGCUGAGUUGCAGAUGAACCAGCAGAUCUAGAUCCCAGCCUCAAAUCCUCGGAUCGUUCGUCUCUGCUAUUAUGGACUAGUAACAAGCUUCGAAAGUGGUAUAGAGGACCAAAAUCAUCCUUCAAAGGUCGAAGGUGCUGACAAAGGACGAAUUACAUCCUUGGAAAUACUCGGCAAAGCUUCGAAAGUUCACAACUACCAUUAUUGUUUCUUCGAAGCUGUUGUUGAUGCAAGAUGGAGUACUUCGAAGCUUACAAAAUUAUGGCAAAAGGGCAUUCGAAACAAGGUCUUGCAGGCUCAUUACUACUAACAUAACCAUGUCAAGAAGGCCCUCUUGACGUUUUACAGAUGUUGGGAAUAUUCCAUUAUGGGCUCCUUCCAUCCCAAAACUCACUCCUCACCUUUAUUAUCAAUUGGACUUGUGGUUGUGGUAAAUCUCAGUUCCAUCGCUAUAUUACCAAAUCAGUACAUUAACAACUGGAAUUUCUCUUGGGGUGCAUUUCUCAUAAUCUGGUAUCUGUACAGUGGCUCAGGUGGAUCUAGCAGUGCUAUAGAGGCUGUAAGUAAACUUGAAGGUGGUGUUUCUUGCACAUUAGAAGUUCAGAAAGCAUUGCCUAUUCUGAAGAAAGCAUACGGUGACAGCAUGCGUAAAGUGCUUCAUAUAGGCCCUGAAACUUGUACGGUUGUCUCUAAAUUACUAAAAGAAGAGGAUACUGAAGCCUGGGGUGUUCAACCAUACGAAUUAGAUGAUGCUGAUAGCAACUGCAAGAGUCUGGUACACAAAGGCGUUGUGCGUGUGGCUGACAUCAAGUUCCCUCUACCCUACCGGUCAAAAUCAUUUUCUGUUGUUGUAGUGUCAGAUACAUUAGACUAUCUGUCGCCAAGGUACCUUAACAAGACUCUGCCGGAGUUGGCAAGGGUAUCGUCUGAAGGUUUUGUCGUUUUUACUGGUUAUCCAGGUCAGCAUAGAGCUAAAGCGACAGAGCUAACCAAAUUUGGUCGCCCAGCCAAAUUGAGAAGCUCAACUUGGUGGAUAAGGUUUUUUGUACAGACCAGCAUAGAAGAAAAUGAAGCUGCUACUAAGAAGUUUGAGCAGGCCGCAACCAAGAUAUUGUACAAGCGAGCUUGCCAAGUUUUCCAUCUCAAAUCACGCCACUGAAAAUCUCCAGAUAACAUGGCUUCUUGGCGAAAACAGUGCCGAGAUAUGUCUUCUGUUCGCAUGCAGCUUAUUAAUAUUUGGUAGAAACCAUGUUACUCUUUCUUUUUCUUUUUCUUUUUUGGUGUUUAUGUUAGGUAGAUAGCUGUUGAUUGAAUUUUUUUUUGGGAAAGAUUGUGUAUUUUGCGAAGAUGUAAUGUUUAAUGUUCUUGCUCCCCAAUGCCGGAGCGUCAUGUAGCUGCAAUGAUAGUUCUGUUUAGCAUGUUCGGAUCGAUUCUUCUAUUUCAUUUAGUAUAGAGAACUAAUCACUAUUCAUUUAAUGAUAUUUGUAAUGAUAUUCUGUUUCCAU